AUGAGCCCAACAGAUGUUGCUCACCUCAGCAGCCAUGGCGAGCAACAUGAAUCUGCGGCCCUAACUUCCAACAAUGAGCAAAACCCUCUCUUGUCGUCCAACACUCAGGAUCACGAAUGGUCGAUACCCUCGCCCGACGGACUCGACGUCACCUCUUCACCAGACGACCCCGGUGGUGCUCAGCAACCAUCCCGCGACAACUGCGAUCGGAGGAGGCCCCAGGAAGAAGACAACAGCCGUCUCAAGAAGAUGGCCUCUGAGCUCGUGGUCAAGACGGUCAGCCCGUUCUUGAAGGAGCAUAUCCCGGGCCUUUACGCACCCAUAGGCAAGGACACGGUCAAGACGAGCGCCAAGAAUCCCACCACGACUUGGGCUCGUGUCAAGGACCCCAACCCCAACACCAAAUUCUGCUACCGGCACCGUCCCGACUCAAAGUGUCGGCGAGCAGCCGACGAGACAAAGAUGGGGUUUAUUCAAAGCGAGCUCAACAGCUUGCCCACCGCCGAUCAAGAAGCCAUCACCCACGUCUGGUCGUUGUUCUCCGCCGCGCCUUCGAAGCAGCGAGAACUGAUGCUGCAGGGCAUCAUAACACAAUGCUGCUUCCCUCAGCUGUCCACGGUGUCUCGCGAAGUCCACGAACAACUCAAGAUUGACUUCCUGGCCGCCUUACCGACGGAGCUAUCCUACAAGAUUCUUUGCCACCUGGACACGGUAUCGCUGUGUAAAGCCGCUCAGGUCAGCAGGCGAUGGCGCAGCCUGGCCGAUGACGAUGUUGUCUGGCACAGAAUGUGUGAGCAACACAUUGAUAGAAAAUGCACCAAGUGUGGCUGGGGUCUGCCGCUUCUCGAAAAGAAGAAGCUGAUGGCUUGGAGCCGACAUCAGUCUGCCCACCACCGCCAAGAUCAUGCCGAGAACGGCAAAAAGCCCCUCGAGUCCAACGAAACCGACCCAGGGUCCCCAAGCCAGUCCAGCAAGCGGUCCUGCUCCAGCGCCGAGGACCCCCCGUACAAGAGACCGCGGCUAAACGGCUCCAGCCACUCGCGAUCGCAUCUCGACACGGAACGCAAGUUCCGCCCUUGGAAGGAUGUCUACCGCGACCGGUUCAAGGUUGGAUUCAACUGGAAGACUGGCCGAUGCACCAUCAAGACGUUCAAGGGGCAUGAGAACGGCAUCACCUGCCUGCAGUUUGAUCACAACAUCCUGGCCACGGGCUCCUACGACACAACGAUAAAGAUUUGGGACAUUGAGACUGGCGAGGUCAUUCGAACGCUUCGCGGCCACACAUCCACCGUCCGAACGCUGCAGUUUGACGACUCCAAGCUGAUUAGUGGAAGCUUCGAUAAGACCAUCAAGAUUUGGAACUGGCAGACGGGCGAGUGUCUCAACACGUUGCAGUGCCACACCGAAGGCGUCUUGUCGGUGCACUUUGACGGCUGCACCUUGGCGUCGGGGUCCAUUGACAGAACCGUCAAGAUUUUCAGCUUUGACAACAAGCAAACCUUUUGCUUGCGGGGCCACACGGACUGGGUCAACCAUGUCCGGAUCGACUCUCCGUCGCGGACCGUGUUUUCCGCCUCGGACGACAUGACGGUGAAGCUGUGGGACCUGGACUCGAAGCAGUGCAUCAAGACGUUUCGUGGCCACGUGGGCCAGGUGCAGCAGGUGCUGCUCAUGCCGCCGGACUUUGAGCCCGACGAAAUUCCGAGCGACGACAAAACGGACGGAGUAUCCGUGCACAGCGACGAGAGCGCCACCCCCGCACAGGCGGACGAGCAUCCCGCCGAUGCGCGCGCCCUGUUCGGUUAUGCCUUUACCCACGAGACAAGCCGACCUCUGCCUCCGCGGUACGUGCUGACGGGCGGUCUGGACAACACUCUUCGGCUCUGGGACACGGCCAGCGGCAAAUGCAUCAGGAGCAUGUUUGGGCACGUGGAAGGUAUAUGGGGCCUCGUGGGCGAUACUCUACGCGUCGUCACCGGUGCCAACGACUCGAUGACCAAGAUUUGGGAACCUCGGUCGGGCAAAUGCGAGCGCAGCUUUACUGGCCACGCCGGGCCUGUCACCUGCGUCGGACUCAGCGACAGCAGGAUGGCCAGCGGGAGCGAAGACGGCGAGGUUCGCCUAUACAGUUUCGAAGGCGAAACGCUGGAAGAACGAGGGACACCGUCGUGA